GGUCUGAAAUCAGUGGCUAUCCACUGUUCAAAGCUGUUAGUUACACUUGCACUUCGUACAAUGUUAAUGGUUGCAUACUUACAAUUUCUUCGCAUAAUACCAUUUACGUUUGCGGCAAAAGUUAAGUAUUUGAUUAGUAAAUGUACAUUUUUUAGGGCAAUGUAAAUACAGCAGUAGGUUAAUUGUGAUAUUGAAAUUUAGCCUGACAGUUGAAACAGUACACAAAUCCUUGUUUUUAUACAAACUGUAUUUAUUAAAUAUGCAAUUCAAAAUCUAUUUCCAUAACUAUAGGGUAAGAUGGUUUAUAUAUCACCAGGACAAGAUUGUUGACAACAGAUGAGGUGGUGUUUUGGUGCUGUUGUGUUGGUGAGAGUGGAAGUUGAGUGCUUUUGUUGGUAAGAGACAUUGUAUUGGAGGCUUGCCUGAGGACGAUAUCCCUCUUAGCUUCUUCCACCUCAACAACUUCUCUGUGAAUAUGUGAAUUGUGUCAAAAUCAGCCCACAGCUAUAUUCCCAGUGCAGAUAUGGAGGCUUCUGCAUAUAAAUAAGGUGGGUGCAUGAAUAGAGAGCUUUUUCCCUGAGGAAAGUUGGACAAUGCAGAAGUCUGCUUGGUGUCUUGGAGAACGAGGGUUGCAUUUACUGAAGUAGGGCAUCUCACACACACAACAGCCUGGAAAGAUUUCAGAGAUUUUAUUACGUAUUAAUAUUGCCUGCUUUGGUGAACUGGGAUUCUGUUAGUUUCCAAAGGACGCUGCGUUAAAACACUAAUUUGAUAUAAGUGGGAGAAAUACAGCAUGAGGGAGACUAGCCCUAGACUGACCUGGAAGCUGCAAGUGCUGCUAUUUGGGACUUGCUUGCUAACUGUGCUCAACUCUGCCGGGCUACUCGUCGUGUUCAUCCGUCAGGUGCGACUGGGCUCACUUCUCUCCGAGCUGGAUGACCAACUGGAGGAGCUGUCGGAGACCUCGAUGGUUGAGUUUGUGUCCGAGGUAGCUCGCAAUCCGGACCUGCGGGCGGAGCGCUUCGAGUACUCGCGGAACAAGCGUAGCCAUGGGCGUGACCACAUACAGGAGCUCAAUCGAGUGGAGCAGAAUGACAUGAUGAUGAUGAUGACCUACUCCAUGGUUCCAGUCAAAGUCUUAGUAGACCUCUGUAACAGCACAAAGGGCGUUUGCCUGACAGGGCCUCCUGGACCUCCUGGCUUGCCUGGCUUGGAUGGAAUACCAGGGUACAAUGGAACAGAUGGAAUUCCAGGCCUGAAGGGGGACCCUGGCACUGAAGGAAAGAGGGGGAAAAGAGGUGAGAAAGGAGAUCCUGGAGAAAAAGGUGAGAGGGGAGAUCAUGGUCCUCCAGGACUGAAAGGAGAACCUUCCAAUGAUAUCAUUUUAGAAGGUCCACCAGGUCCAGAGGGUCCUCCAGGUCUUCCUGGUCCUGUUGGUCCCCCAGGCCCUCCAGGGCCCCCAGGGCCCCCUAGGAACAGAAGCCACAGGGCAACCCUGCACUCAGUCCGGAAGACUCUGGGGUUGUCAAACGCUGUGCCAAAUGAUGACACCUUAGCUGUAAAAGUUGCUGGGCACAUGAGGGAGCAACAUUUAAAGAAAUCUGAAUGCAUCAUCAAAUCUGUGACCGGUGCAAGAAAUGUGACCAAAAUGGAGACCACAUUUGGAACAUGGAUGCAAGACACGGCUCGACAAAAUGAUGAACGCAUUUGGGUGGCAGAACAUUUUGCAGGCCGUGAUAUGAAGGAAUACGAAAACAUCGCAUCGUUCCAGAAUAGCAGCAGCAACCGGAUCGAUGUCAGGAGAUACUUUCAAGGAUGUGGCCACAUUGUACACAAUGGCUCCAUCUACUACCACAUUGGAGGGACUUUCAAAGUUGGAAAGUUUCACCUCCAAAACAAGAAAUUGCACACCCUGGCAAUUGAUAACGCCCUGUACCAAAACAGGAGCUAUCUCCUCAACAACUCCAAGACCUACUUCAAAUUAGCGGCGGACGAAAAUGGACUGUGGCUUGUAUUCGCUUCAAGUGUGGACGAAAACAUAAUGGUGGCCCAUCUGGACGAGAAGACGUUUUCAGUCAUUAGAUACAUCAACACCACCUGCCCCAGAUCGAAAGCGGGAAACGCGUUCAUAGCCUGUGGAGUGCUCUACGUUACAGACACGAAGGAUGCUAAAGUAACGUAUGCCUUCGACCUCCUGAAAGAGAAACCUGUCAGUGUGAGUUUUGACCUGAGAUCACCCAGCGGUGUGCUGGCCAUGCUGUCCUAUAUUACAAAGAGCCGGCAUCUGUAUGCCUGGGACAGCAGGUAUGUUAAGAUAUAUGAUGUGCAUUUUUGGUCAGAUGAAUAAAUCUGGUCACCAGUUUAAUACAAUCUGCAAUUAUUUUCAAAUUGUUGUUAAAUUGCUUUACGGUUGCAGGUAAAAGAAUUUGUUCCCCCAGUUUUUCAGUAUCAGUAACAGUUUUUUGAUCCGUGUACUGCCAUUUUAUAGAGUAAUUACUGUGUAAUAAUUUCCCAUAGCGUAGGACAGAGGCAUAAAAUUAUGUACUUGUAUACUUUGGUUAGUUAAAUAAGCAUUGCAGUACUCUAUGGAAAUGUGCACCUAGCCAUUUUUCAAAACCUGGGGCCUCAUUUAUAAAAGUCUGAUGAUAAAAUUGUAUCGUAAAUAGUAGCUUACACAGAAAACCAAGACUAAGUAGUUAUCCAUAAAAUCCCAUUUUGGCAUGGAUAUAAUUGUAUCUCUAUGUAAAGUGUCUACUAGAUGUGAGUGAAUUACCUGCUGGUUAUGUGGAGGUACUGCACGUUUGAGGGCUGUGAAUAAGUGGGUUGUGUUUGCGCUUUAGGAAUAACAUUUAAUUGAUAAUCAAUUUUAGGCAUGAAGAGAGCAAGGAAUGUGGAAAUACAACUUUAUUUAUAGUAAAAUGGCUGCAUUCUCAAGAUGGGGUCAUUGUAAAGCUAGUUAAUACUAGUUAAAAUGAAAGUUUAUUUGAGAUUUAUAAAUCACAGGUGCACAUGACGGAGAACACCCAUUUAAACCAACAUAAGCAGCUUUUUUUGGUCUCAGUUAUUUUUAUAAAUCAAGCGCAGGCACAGCUUAGGAAAUGAUCUUAAGAUUACUUUUAAGUUUAAAUCCACAAACCUUUUUAUUAAUGAGGCCCCCGGUAUCAAUUAUGCUGAACUUGCUGGGAAAAUGAAAAUCUCCAAAAAUACAGAACAUUUCCUGUCUACACUUCCUGUGAAUGAAAAAAAAGAUAGCUGUCUUCUACCAUCAAUGCAAAAGAAAA